AUGCAGCAACAGCACUUUGGCGCGCCCCCGUCGUACCUCAACGGCGGCCACAUCAAGUCUGAAAACGGCUCUGAACGCGGCGUCUCGCCUCACCCGUCAGAUUCAUCGCGCUACUCAUCGCAGCAACCACAGCAGCAACUCCCCUCAUACCCUUCUAUCCCCCAGCAGCACAUGAACGGCCUCCGCUACCCCUCGCCCUCGCAGAUGCAGGCGCCCAUGCCCAUGCUGAACAACAGCAACUACAUUCCAAACCCCCCGGAUCACGCCUAUGCCCAGCAACAACAGAUGCCUGACAACCAGGUCCAGCACCAGCACAAUGGUGGGCGGCCCGCCUCUGAUACGGGUCCACCAAAGGCGUUCGCGUGCUCGACAUGUGGUAAAGGCUUCGCGCGACGCAGUGACCUCGCACGUCAUGAACGUAUCCACAGCGGCAUCCGACCUCAUGUCUGCGAUUACCCAAACUGCGGCAAGCAGUUCAUCCAGCGUUCAGCGCUGACGGUCCAUCAACGUGUCCACACUGGUGAGAAGCCUCACAUGUGUGAACGAUGCGGAAAGCCCUUUAGUGAUUCUAGCUCUCUGGCGCGCCAUCGCCGUAUCCACUCUGGCAAGCGCCCAUACAAGUGCCCCUAUGCCGACUGCCAGAAGACGUUCACGCGACGCACUACUUUGACACGUCACCAGAACCAUCACACCGGCACUGUUGAGGAGGCGGCCGCUGCUACAGCCGCUGCGCUUGCCUCGCGUGCUUCUGCUUCGAGCAGGACUGGCCGCUCUGAUGGCGGUGACUAUUCCGAGACAGCUUCCCCGUUGGGCACUCCUUCGCCCAACGACCGCACGCUGUCUCUCUCGCCUGCCAACGGAAUGCCUGCAGGUGGGAUGCCCGGUCUUCACCGCCAGGGCUCUGACUACGCCUACAUGGGCGGCAUCAACGUCCCACCGCACAUGCGUCAUGAGAUGCCCCAGCCCAGCCCCCGAGCAUCUCCUGCGCUUACUGCGCAAUCGUAUGCCUCCAACGUGAGCGGCUCUCGCCCCGCCAUCACAUCCCACCCCAGUGCAUAUGGCCCCCCGCCGAUCCUUGAGCCCCCUGCGUCUGCCAACCACAACCAGUCUGGAGGUACCAACAGCGCUAAUGGAAGCCCGCAUAUGUCUGCUAUGGGCUGGCAAUCACCUGGUCAACAGGCCCUGCCUUCUCCAGGCGCUGGUGACAACGGAUACGUCUACCCUGAGCCCCAGUACCAGGCGCAGAAUGGCAUGUACUACCAACACAACAACAUCCGUCGCCCAAACAGCACUGAGCCUGACCACUACAACCCCAACCAACAGCGGAUGGGCAACGAGAUGUGGGCGCCUGCCGUUCAAUAG